UGGGUGUGUGGGCGGAGCAAGCGGCAGGUGACACUUCACACCCAGAGGGCAGACAUUUUAGGGCAGACAUUAGAAAGUCACCCUUUUUUCUAAUUUGGACUUGGACACUGUGUGCCCUCGUUAACUUAAAUAGAAAGUAGUCGGAUUGAGGUUCACUAGGACUAAGGUUUGGAAAUGGAAGUUGGAGAAAUGUUAGAAUUGGCAAUAAUCAAGGUUGAGGAUCCAGGAUGUAUUUGGGGGAGAACUGUGAAAGGACCUGGUGUACAGGUUGGGGGUCCGCAAGACUACGAGACCCUGCAGGUUAAAAUGAAUCUCUUCUAUCACAAGGUCAACCUGGAUGUACAGAAAGUAAAGCCAUUAUCAUUGGAGAAGGGACAGGUGUGUGUAGUUUUUUGGCCAGCACUGAGGAGCUGGUGUAGGGCCAAAGUGGAGUCUCUGUUCCUGGGAUCAGCAAGGAGUCAGGCCACGUGCUUCUUAGUAGACCAUGGAGAGCGUGUCGUUGUGAGCACAGAUGAUGUGAGGGCUCCUGUUGAUAAGUUCUUGCAGCUACCCUUCCGGGUGCUAAGGUUCAAAUUGGCUCGGAUUCACCCAAUGAAACUCAAAGUGCACAUCUGCAACGAGACGGCAGAGCUAGUUCCAUCUCCUCACUGGGACAGCUCCGCUACAAAAUACCUCCACAAUCUUCUACAAGCAUCUACAUUGGUUGAGGCCGUUCUUUGUGGAACACAUGAUGAUUGCACAGAUAUUGAGCUGUACUUGACCAUCAGAAAUGUGAAGGUCUGUGUAAAUGAUGAUUUGGUGGUGAAAAAGUUUGCGUGUUUCUUGAGUGCGAGGGCUCUGGGGGAUCAGAGUGGGUGUGUCGAUCGGUCCCCUGUCAGCCUGGCCUGGGACAUUUUCAGCAGUCCUCAACAUAUUCUCAAAAUGAAUGGCUGCUGUACAGUGAAGUCUGCUCCUUCACACUUCCUAACCAGGAAAAGUAAGAAAGAUGAUUUCAUGCCACAAAUAGAGCAUGUGAAAUCUCUAAUGACUGCAGCGAAGUCAGUUGUUCCCAGAGGAGCAGUAUCUCCUGUAGAAAAUGAGGAGUCUGAUGGACAAGAGAUAUGUGGAGUACAUGACACAAAUGCAGACCCCAAGAGCACCAAAGAAGGGAACGUAAAGUCUGGAAUCGAUGCUGGCCAUCAGAGUUCAUCCACAUUUGUUAGGGACUUUGAAGAAUCAUAUUCAGAGAAUACAGAGAGUACCCUUGCAGAGCAGUUGUCUGAAAAACUAAACUUGUUUAGGUUUCUGAAGUUUUUGAACCCCUUCUCAAAUUCGAACUUGGGUACCAAACAUGAUAUUAAUGAAGAUAGUCAAAAGACUUCAGGAAUUUCUGAUGAAACAGCAGUGGUGCAGAAUGACCUCAGCAGUACAAGUGUCAUCCCCACAGUGCAGAAGGAACCAGCUGUCACUCAAGAGACAACAAGUACCAAAGACCAAUUCGCCUGUGCCAGAUUGCUACAGUUGCUGAACCCAGAUCCAGUAAAUCCAGACUCAGAAUCUCUUGAUAACAGUGUUGCAUGCUGUGAACCCAGCAAGAGCGGAGUUUUGGUGCACUCAGCUGUCACUAUCAACCCCUGUAGAACCCUGACCCAGGCUCCCAUCACUGAGCAAUUCCGUAAAUUCCUGUUGAGGAGAAAGUAUACAGGACCAGGCCUUGCCGAGAGUUACUGCUGGCCCUCUGUGGCACGAGGUUGUGACACAGUGCUGAUAUGCCACAGUAGAGAAGAUCCUCUUUCCUACAUCCCACCUCUGCUGGCUCAGCUGCAGUUAGCCUCUUUGUUCAGUGCCAUCACUGCACACACUGGGCCCAUAGCAGUGAUUGUUUGUCCAGGUUGGGAAAAGGUAGAAUCAGUGCUGCAGCUACUAGAGGAGAGCCAGGCAGCAGUGAAUCUUCAUCCUGCUGCUGUGCUGGUUGGAAUAGGCAAGAAUGAGGCCAGACAAACCAAGAUUCAGAACAACUGUCAGUUGGUGGUUACCACCCCCUUUAGCCUGGCCAGGUUGCUGGAGGUGCAGUUUUUCCUCUUUCAUAGGCUCUGCCACCUGAUUCUGGAUGAAGCACAUGAGCUCUUCUCAAGAGCCCCUGAACAGAUGACCGCCAUCUUACAGCAUUACCAGAAAGUGGUGUCCAGAGCGGAGAGAACCAUGUGUGUGCAGCAAAUUGUUGCUGUAGACAGUCGUUGGUGUCGGGAGCUGGAGACCGUGGUCCGGAAUCACAUGGUUAACCCCUGCAUCAUUAUUACAGUGCCGGAAGAGGCAGCGUUAUAUGGUGGGGUUCAGCAGACAAUACUAAUGUGUCUGGACUGCAAUAAGACCUCGGUGCUGCUCAGCUCUUUAGACUUCAGCCCCUCUGUUCCCCAGAAAACCCUUCUCAUCACUAACUCAGCAGAGGAAGUGGAGCAUGUGUACAAGGCCCUCAGCAACACAGCAGCGUUCUCUCUCAAAGUUCACGAGGGCCUUACCUACCAGUUUGAUUUUGUGAUUGAGCAGUGGAGGAAAGACAUUGGUCCAGGCACACAGGUUAUCUUGGUGAUCACCAAUGAUUGCUUAAAGGCCCUUGGUAUCAGAGAUGCCACAUGCGUGGUGCAUUAUGGUUUCCCUAGCUCCCCUAAGCUGUUUGGGAACCGGAUGUUCUGCAUGGUUGAGAAUUUUCAGAAUCUCUCCUCUAAGUCCGUGCUGGGUCAGAAUCAGUCCGAGGGCUCCUCUCCUGCAGUGCGUUCUGUGUUGCUUCUGUCGGAGCAGAAUGCUCGUCAUGUGUCUGGUGUGCUGCGCUACCUGAAGCGUACGGACGCUCCACUGCCACCGGAGCUCCUGCAGUUUGCCCAGGGAGUGCAGCAGGCCAAGGAACAGUGGAAAGCUGACCGAGCUCUCUGCAGCUAUCUGAAGAGCCUGGGCUUCUGCAGGGACAGCACAAGUUGCCCAGACAGACACACAAUCAACAAAAUUCUUGAUUGUCCCCAACACCCAGACUCUGGGACUGUUUUGGUGUUGCCCCUUUACAUUAAGACUGCGAGCGUGUACUACGGACGUAUUGUGGACCAGAAAGAGAACGGUUAUGAGAAACUUGCUGCUGAGAUGAAGUCACACUAUGCUAAAGAGAGGCUUUGUGCAAAAGAAGUGGUGGAGGGAGGCUUUUAUGCAGUGCAGGAAGAGGAUGUUUAUCAUAGGGUGUGUGUGACCAUGGUGCCAGAUAAGGGAGACCGGCUGUUUAGCAGCGUCACAGCUCGAUUUGUGGAUGAAGGACGUAUACAGGAAGUGAAGUCACAUCAGCUACUGCAGCUUCCCCCGGAGUUUCAGAGCUUGUCGGGUCAGGCUGUUGAAAUUAUUCUGUGUAGGGCUCAACCCAUUGAUGGAGAGAUGGACUGGAACCCAAAGGUUACCAGAGCUAUCAGUCUGAAAAUCAAAGGAAAAAUACAUCAUGCCAAGGUGGUGAUGUGUCUGGGCAAUACUGUAUGGGUUGAUCCAAUGGUAUGCAUGACACGCAUGCCAGGUCUGAAGAUCUUCAUAAACGAGUAUAAUGUCCAUGCAGAGAUUGUGGCCACUGGGAUGGGCACUACAAACCCUCAGCAUUUGGAGCUACUGAAGUUGCUGUGUCAGCGAGAGGAGGUUUCUGCUGUAGUGAAGCUCAGUGAAAGUAAUGGAUGUGAGAGUGAGGUGGCGUCUCUGGAACAGAGGGCUCAGGCUGCUGAGGAAGCUCUGGCCAGUCAGGUGAAGGCUGGAAUCAACAUCUCUGAGCGUACAGAUACUGAACCCUGUGACCCCUGUGAACCCUUACAGAACCUUCAAAACAUAAAGCAGAUCACUGAACCUAAUAGAAGACAAAGUGAGGUCUCUUUGGAAGCCUGGCCAGAUGCUGAACACAUGGUUACAUCUGCUGAUCUAAGAUGUUUACCUCAGAACGGGACUCCUGCUCUUUUUAACAGCUCAGAUGAAGAUGACUGUAAUAUCAAAAAUGAGGACUUGCACACUGGCUGUAGACAGGAUAUUGCUAUACCAAAAAGUUUUCACCCACAGAUUAAGUGGUUUCAAGAAGAAGAGUCGGUCACUCUUAAAAUAAAGCUUACCAACCCCAUGAUGCAGAAGUGUGACUUUUUCUCUGACAGAGUGCUUUACAGUGCAUAUGUAAACAGCCACCAUUACUGUGCCAAUCUGGAGCUGCACAGUGACAUCAGCACAGAGCAGUGCUCAUGGAAAACGGAGUGCAAUGAACCAGUAAUCAAACUGGUGAAGAAAGAGAAAGGAGAGUGGAAGUCACUACUUAAAUACAAGAGUGCUUUUGUGAGCUAUGAUUUUGACCACAUUGAAGUUGAAGAAAUUCCUCCCUCAAAUGGAUGUUGGUUCGUGGGGAACACAGGAGAAGAGGGCUGCUACUGGAACUCAGAGAGUGGGAGUGAGAGUGACUGAAAAUGGGUUAUAUGCCUACAGUGCAUAUAAAAAGUCUACACCCUUUGUUAAUUUUGCAGGUUCUUGUGAUGGUAAAAAAAGAAAACAUCAGUCAUGUCAGAUCUUUUUCCACCUUUAAUGUGAGAUACAGUGGAUAUAAGUCUACACACCCCUGUUAAAAUGGCAGGUUUUUGUGAAAUAAAAAAAAAAUGAAACUAAGAUAAUGUCAGAACUUUUUCCACUUUCAGUAUGAAAUUACAACUUAUAAAAAUUAAGUGAAAAACAAUCAAAAACGUUUUGGGGGAAAAAAAAUAGAAUAAGUGUGCACACCCUUUUAUAAUUGGGGAUGUGACUGUUCAGAAUGAACCAAUCACAUUCAGUCUCAUGUUCAAAAGUAAUUAUCAUACAGCUGUCAUCAGUGAAAUUAUUCUGAUUAACUCUAAAUAAAGGAUUUUGAGAUUUUCUCAGUUUCAUCUGACUGCUGGAGCCAUGGUCCGCAAAGAGCUUACAAAGCCUGUAUGGUAUCUCAUUUGUUGAAAGAUAUCAGCCUGGAGAGGGGUAUAAAAGAAUUUCCAAAACAUUAGAUGUACCAUGGAACACCGUGAAGGCCAUCAUCAAGAAGUGGAGAAAGUGGAGCACCACAGUGACAUUACCAAAAACAGGAGAUCACUCCAAAAUUGACAAAAGGACAAGACAAAAACUUAUCAGGGAGGCUGCCAAGAGACCCAUGGCAACAUUAGAGGAGCUGCAGGAAUAUCUAUCAAGUACUGAUCACUCUCUACAUGUGACAGCAAUCUCUCGUAUUCUUUAUUUGUCUGGGCUGUGGGGUAGGGUGACUACACAGAAAUCCUUUCUCACAAAAAACAUCCAAGCUCAACUAAAUCCCCCUAAACCAUGUGGCAGAAUGUGUUAUGGUCUGAUGAUAAUUCCAAAAGAUAUAUUUGGCUCAAAAAAGCACAUCCACAGUGUUCUAUGGUACAUGUAUAUGCUUUGUAAGCUCUUUGUGGACCUUGGCUUUAGCAGUUGGUUGAAACCAAGAUGAUGUCAAGAAAAUCCUACAGAACAGCUGAUAUUUAUUUGGGGUUAAACAGAAUCCCUUCACUGCUGACAGGUGUAAGGUAACUUUAUGAAAGCCCCACACUGAUGCAACCAGGUUAUUGUAAUUUUUUCUUUUAUUUCCCCUAAAAUAAUUCUGUUUGUUUUUCACUUGAAUUUUGAUGGUUGCUAUAUCACAUUAAGGGUGUAAAAAGAUUGGACAUGGCUUAUCUUGGUUUAAUUUUUUUAUAUCACAAAAGCCUGGCAAAGUUUUGUGAUGAGUUAUAUGUACUAUUUUGUUUUUGUUAUGGUUGUUUAUUUUUAGUAGUAAACAUGGGCAACUGGACUUGUGUUCUUAUCCUGAAGAUGAAGACCUCACCCUCUGUUUUGUGGUUGUUGAUGGUUUGACAAAUGUCCUUUUUCUACUGCACACAGUACCUGACACUUUUAGAUGUGAAAACUGGAACUUGUAUUGAUCUAGGCUUCUGCUUACAUGGUUUUGCUAUAUGCUCAAAAUUAGCAUUAACAGAACAAAUGGCACUUACAAUAUGCCAUAACGCUAUAACAAAUGCUACUAAAAAAUCUGGAUGUUUUUCCUUCAAAGAGAAACAGAAUAGUUUGCUUAGUUAGUGCUUCUUUUGUGGUGUCAGUCAAAUUCUCAGUGUUUUGUUUGGGCCCUGCUGAUUUAUUAUAACCUAAGGGAGUAACUGAGUUGUUGGUUUCCUGUGUCUAUUACAAACUCCUUUUAACUGUGUUUAAAUCACACGCAUUUCUUUAUUAGAAAAUACUGUGAGGGGAACUAAGUAUUCAGACAACUUUUUGUUAUUUAAUAAACUUUCAGGGCAUAUAUCCACUUCAAAUUUACACACACAAUGUCUUUCGACUUCACUUAUAAAUAUGAAUAAAGAAUAUGUAUUUAUAAGUGUAAAAAAGAUAUAUUUAAAAACCAAACUGAUAGGGAAAUAGUAUUCAGACACCACAAAUUAACAUUAGAACUUUGUUGUAAUGCUGUUGUUGGCAUUUAUAGUUUCAAGACAUGGUUUAAAUGUGGUUCAAUUCUGGCUCCAACUUCGCUUUACUGUGUGUAUGGUGUUCUUGGGAUCAUAUGCACAUCCCUUCUUUCACCGAAAAUGACAAGCUAAAUUAUUGCCAGAAAGUUCUAUUUUUGUUUCAUUUGACCAGAGUAUAUUGUUACAAAGCAGAACUCCUUUGGAUAAACGCGUUUAGACACAAUGUUUUCAGGUCAUCCUGCAACUCUUUUCAAGGGACUGCUGGCACGUUGUGAAAUCUUGCAUGGCGCACCUGUGCAUGGACAAUUAGUUGUAGUUCCAUGAGCUUUGCUCCUGCAUGGUAUUGAAUUGUAACAGGGAUGUUUAAGGCUUUUGCUAAGGCUCUGUAGCUUUUUCUAUUGUGUUGUUUAAUAAUGGUGCCUUCGAGACUUUUAGGAAGCUUCUUUACAUUGAUUGCUAUGUGUGAUUUGAUCCAAUUAACAAUCAUAAAAUCUCUUAUCCUUGAGCCAGUUGUGCUUUUGUCCAGCUGCCAAGAAAUUGACAUGUUGGAGUAAAGAUCAGUAAAGUGAUCUUUGUAAAGUGCAGCUUAAUAAAUUGAAACAGUUUUGUGCUUAUCAGCACUACUCGACUAGUUGGUUGACUACUUAGGAGGCACAUGAUUUAAAAAGUAGAAAUACACCACCUCACACCUGUGUAUGGUAGUUAAACUAAAAGCUACAGUACAUGCGACUCGUAAACCCAAUUUGUCUCAUUGUGUCAUGGACAUAAAUCAAACCAUUUAAUUUCCAGGGUAUUUUCAACCAUACAGUGUCUUGGAUGAGUAUUCACCAAUACUGGCUGAUAGAGCAAUACUGAUCCUUCUUAAUGAUCCUUCUUAAUCACAGACAACAGGCUCAGCAACAUUAAUGCAGGGAUUCUUACACAUUACUAGUGUCUUGCUGAUGCAGAAUACAGUAAUUAGUGUUAUUUUGUUUGCAAUGUUGCAACCAAUAUUGACUUCAUGUGACACUUUCAUUGCACACUGGUGGACUCCUUCUAACUAAUUAUGUGACUUCUGAUGGCAACUGGUUGCAAAGUAAUUAAUAAUAAUUUAGCAAAUUUUACUGGAUUACUAAUGCAGUCACAACUUUUAUGAUUUUUAUUUGUAAAUAAAUUUGCUAACUAUAUUGAUUUUCUUUCCAUUAAUCUGUUAUUGAAUAUUUUAUUAAGUAUGUUCAUGACACAUAAUCCCAAUUAAGUCCCUUUAAUUUCUCUUUCAACACUAUAAAAUGUGAAGAAGCUCAAGGGGGUGAAAGAAACAUCAAAGAAACAACAAAGUGACGAAACAUCUUCAGGAUUUAAAUACGAGUCCAGUUGUCUAUAUUCACUGCUGAAAAAUUAGAAUGAAUAAGCGUUUGGUUCCUUGUUUCAUUUAGGAAUUAGACUUGUGUACUUCUGGUUGCAUAUUAAAUUAUUGUGUAUUAUUUCAUUUGCACUUUCUUGAGAAUGGGUUGUCACUAUUGGAUGUGCUAAACUGUGUGCAUCAUACAAGUCUUUUUUUCAUUGAUAUUUUGCAGAUAUUGCAGCCAUUGUAAAAUUGUGGAAAUGUGGCUCAAUUGUCUGCAUGGUUACAUGUAUUUAGUUGGAUUUAUUAACUGAGACUAUUCAGAGGCUUUAUGUGAGAGACUUGUGGUGUUUUGUGUAAGCUUGAUAAUAACUGGACAUAUCCUAGUAUGUACUGUGCACAUUGUAAUCGAUUACAGGUUUUUGUUCCAGUCAGGGGGAGCUUGGCUUGGUAGACAGUACAGUCAGAUCCAGAAUUAUUGGCAUUUUUGGUAGAUGAGUAAAAAAAAAGGUUAUAAAAAACUUUGUGGUUAAAUAGUGUGAUCUCCCACUGAAAGUAUGAGAGAAGUCCAACCUUUAACUGAAGUAAAUUUAGUAAUGAAGUACUAAAUUAUUAUACAUUUUCCCACCUUUAAUGUGAAAUUGCAAAGUAUACUGAUAAAGUACUUUGUUGUGUUGGCAAUGUGUGUUUUGGGUCAUUGUCUCGCUGCACGAUGAAGUUCUUCCCAUUUAGAUUGAAUGCAUUUCUCUGUAAAUUGGCAGACAGAAUGUUUCUGUAGACUUCUGAAUUUAUUCUGCUGCUACCAUCAUGAGUUACAUCAUCAAUAAACAUUAGUGAGCCCAUUUCAGAAGCAGCCAUGCAAGCCCAAGCCAUGACACUACCGUCACCACCUUGGCCCGAUGAGCUCAUAUGUUUUGGAUCAUGAGCAGAUCGUUUCUUUCUCCACACUUUGGCUUUUCCAUCACUUUGGUAGAGGUUAAUCUUGGUUUCAGAACUCAUCUCUGGCUCAUCUCUGUAUUUCUUUGUGAAUUCCAGUCUGGCCUUCUGAAUCUUACUGCUGAUGAGUGGUUUACAUCUUGUGGUAUGGCCCCUAUAUUUCUGCUCUCGAAGUCUUUUUUUUUUUUUUUUUUUUUUUUUGAACGGUGGAUUGUGAUACCUUCACCCCUGCCCUGUGGAAGUUGUUAGUGAUGUCACUGACUGUUGUUUUUGGGUUUUUCUUCACAGCUCUCACAAUGUUCCUGUCAUCAACUGCUGCUGUUUUCCUUAGUCAACCUGUUCGAUGUCUGGUUGUUGGUACACCAGUGGUUUCUUUUUUUUGCUUUUAGACAUUUCAAAUUGAUGUACUAGCUAUGCCCAAUGCUUGUGCAAUGGCUCUGAUCGAUUUUCCAUCUUUUCUCAGCUUCAAAAUGACUUGCUUUUCUUCUAUAGACAGCUCUCUUGUCUUCAUGUUGGUUUAACCUUUUUAAGAACAAAUGCAAACUUCUCAGGUGAAACCCAGGACUCAAACCAAGAUAUUCAGAGCUAUUAAAUGUUUAAACAAUGAAUCUAACAAGGGUAACAAGAAACACCUGUCAGUCACAUGUCCAGUAUUUUUGAUCACUUGAAAAAUGGUUGGGUUCAAACAAAAGGUGCCAUGUUCUAAGUUGUUCAACACAUCUGGAUGUAAAUCUCAGGAAAUAAAAGCUGAAAUUCUAAUCUAUUGUCUUAUAUUCAUCUUUUGAUCUCAAACCCAAAUGUCUUCAGUGUAUAGCAAAGCACAAAAGAAUUGGCCUUGCCGUUCCAAUACUUUCAGAGGAGACUUUAUUUUUUCAUAACCUUAUUGACUCAGCUUCACCAAGGGUGCCAAUAGUUCUGAUUGUAUUUCUGUGUAGCACUUGCAUUGUUUGAAAUACAUGCUGUAUCAUUUUGAAGAUAUCUCACACACACUUCUCAGUGAAGGCAGUUCCAUUAUUCUGUUUUCUGGACUUCACUAUAAAAGUUUGAGAAACAUGGUACAUAAAGCUGUCCCUCUGGCUGCUGAGACUUUGCUUUAUUUAGACUUAUGGUUCCCAGUCCAGCUCUAAUACACCUAACUUGUUUCACGAAAGCCUUGAUUUUUUUUGUUCCAGCUGUAAAUCUUUUUCUCAAAACUUUUUGUUUCUUUAAUAGAAUUCGUGGUGCAACAUGAGAGAAAUUCCUCAACUUAUUAUUUAUUCUCUGUAAUCUGGUUUGGUUAAAAGAUUUAUAGACAACAUGAUUUAUAGUCCUUUGGUUAACCAUAUAGUUCAACACUAUGUUC